AUGGAAGCCCGGGACCCUUUCAGGGAGCUGAGCUUUGAUGGCCGACCCUCCGGCUAUCGGGACUUCAGGCGGAAGGUCAUUCUUGGAGUGGCCGGCUUGGAGGACAAGAUCCAGCAUCUGGCUGGACCUAGGCUUCUGCAGCGUCUGCAUGGAGAAGCCUGGCGGGCAACGGAGCACCUCACGGUGUCAACGUUGCGGAGCACAGAAGGUUGGCUUCGAGUGCUGAAGGCCCUGGACGAGCACUACAAGUAUCUGCCAGAGACGGAAUUACACGAGGCGAUAGAUGAGUUCAUGUUCCUCCUCAAGAAGCGCAACAACGAAGGCGCUACAGCGUUCGCCUCGAGGUUCAAGACCCAGCUCAGCAGAGUACAAUCGCUCAUAGCCCAGGAGCGGGAGACCUCUAGGCGGAAGAGGAAUCUGGAGAGGAUGGAUCCCGAAGUGAAACUCCUGAUGCAGCUGCUGCCGCAGACACUGCAUCGGUUCCUUCGGCGAGCCCUGGAGAACGAGAAGGUUCUGUGCGAAGCGGGAGCCACCGUAGUCAUCGUGCUGAUGGAGCCGGUACUGCUGCCGGAUCCACACGGAGCUCAGGUCGUGGUGUUCGACGACCUCGAGAAGAAGAUGAGGCCAGUGUUCCCGCAAUCAGUGCUUGGGCACCUGUUCAUGCGGAAGUUUGGCCUCAGUCGGGAGCAGCGCGCUCAGGUCAUCCGGGCUACGGGAGGUUCAUCCAGGUUUCAGGAUGUGGAGCGCAUCAUGCGCGCAUCAGACAUGGAAGAUCGCCGCCCGGAGCAACGUCCACAGCUGCCCCACAAGGGCAAGCGGGAGGUCUACGCGAUGGAGUACGGCGACGACUCUAGCGAACUCAUCGAGCCCGACUUCGAGGACUCCGACGAAGAGGUCAAUGCGGUCUACCAGGAUGAGUACGACCCCGAGGAGGACCCCGAGGAGCAAGAAGAGCUGGCCGAGAUCUACGCAGUCCAGCAGAGGGCGAAGAAGGAGUUCAAGAAGAGCUACAGGACCUACAAGGAGUCGAAGAAGAAGGUCCGCGAGAUCAAGCGAGCUAGGCAGCCCUACUUGCCGGUGGUCGCACUUCAGGAGAGCGAUCCCAGCGGUCCGUCACAUGGGUCUGCCAAGCCAGUCUUCAAGUACGACAAGAAACCGGCAAAAGGCGCAGGAAAGAAAGGCGCUGACCGGAAGCCUGUCCGGAAGGAAGAGGCCCACCUCGCCGGCGAGUCCUUCAUCACCGAGUUCAACUACAUGGUGAAUACCGACGAGAUGGAGGUGCUGCUCAACUCGAUCCCGAUCGGCCGUGCCAUCAUCGACACGGGAUGCACUUCCAGUGUGGUUGGAGAGGACACCGUCGAGGCCCUGACCAAGCACUUCAUCAGUCAGCAAGUGCCAGCUCCACAGGAGGUCAGUCUGCCUCCAGUCGAGCUGAAGGGAUUCAACGGCCACACGGAGAGAGCCACAAAAGGCCUCAAGUGGCUGGUGAAGCUUGGGUCAUUGUGGGGCUACAUCACCACCUACGUGAUCCCAGGUAAAACCCCGUUCCUGCUGUCUCGUAAAGUGUUGCAGGGCAUGGAGGCCACCUUGGACAUGGGCAACCUCACCAUCACCAGCAAGAAGCAUGGGAUGAUCCGGGUGCCACUUCAACAAGCAGCCAACGGGCAUUUGAUGAUGCCGCUCUUGGAUGAAGGCUUGGAUCAGAGUUGGCAGCCAGGACGUGAUCCUCGCCAGAACCAUCGUGAAGGCGAGACUCUGGUCAUGGACGAUAGCAACUACGAGCCCUACGUGGAGCCGUCGGACGAGAAGAUUGUGGAGCCCGAGGAUUCACUGCCUUCAAGCAACGUGAACCUACGGCCGAAGAGGAUGUGCCGGGUGAUGAUGACUUUCAACUUAAUGCAGAAGAAGAUGAGUUACAAGACGCACUGCUUCAACAAAGCUGACCGACAAGAGCAUUUUGAGAACGUGUGCCGGCCAGUUGACAGCCCUUGUGAGCUCUCAAGCUUAAGUGCGCUGCUUGCUCUGACCAUGAGCAAGGCCAAGAAGACGUUCGGUGAGUUCGGCAAGCUAGCUGAAGAUGGGCCGCUGAGUGAAGAGGAGGUCAUCCAGACCGCCUACAUGAUCAACCGCGCCGUCGCCCACAAGCAGCUGCCUCAGGUCACCGACCUCCUGUUGCUUAAGUUCGCAAAGGAGGAGUUCCUCGAGAGCAUGACCGACGCCUGCAAGAGACGCCGUGAUCCCGAAGAUGAUGGCGAGAGCCUCAGCAGCUGGCUCACCUUGGAGGCAGUGGGAAGCCGAAGCUACCACCCGGGUGCUACGUCUGCACCGAUGCCUAGCCAGUCCGCAAUGGGCUAUCCGCCCGCAUCCGCUGCGGCUGGACUUCAGAUGCCUCACACCAGCGAUGUGAGCAUUAAGCUUCCUCCCGGGGUGCCCGAUGUGGACACCUGGGGACGUACCCUGGUCAAGCUCCCCAAGUAUGCCAAAAUGUCUUGGAACUAUGAGGAGGUGGUUCGCCAGAGUAAGAUCAACACCGAGACCAAGCGCUACCUUGGUUGGAUCCUCCGGACCUACGGCAACCACAGCCGCGAGAACUCAGAGAGUCAGGCCGUGGACCUUGCAGCCUACUUGCGCCGCAUCCGUUGGGAGCCAGAGCAGAUUGGAAUGCAGCGUGAGCUGAAAUGA